GGGGCCACUGGAGGGGUAGUGGCUGGCACCCCCCGAAUAAGGGUCGCGACCCUCGGGGGGUCUUGUUGCGCACCCCUGCCCGUCACCCAGUCUCAUAACAUAGGGAGGUGCGGGUUGGCGAUGCUCCUAUCGUGUGCGGGAUGCGAAAAGCCAAUUUUGGACAAGUUUCUGCUUAAUGUUCUGGACCGAGCUUGGCAUGCAGAUUGCGUUCGGUGUUGCGUGUGCGGGACUGCUCUACAGGACAAGUGUUUCUCCAGAGAGUCGAAAUUGUUUUGCAGAAAUGAUUUCUUCAGGCGCUACGGCACGAAAUGCGGCGGCUGUCUCGAAGGAAUCAAUCCGUCGGACCUUGUGCGGAAGGCGAGAGACAAGGUUUUUCACCUGAAUUGUUUCACCUGUCUAGUUUGUCGGAAGCAGAUGAGCACUGGAGAAGAGCUUUACGUCCUGGACGACAAUAAGUUCGUCUGCAAAGAGGACUAUUUAUCGGGAAAACCCUUACCAGUCACGCAUCAUGUACAUGGACACCAUGGAGGAGACUCUUUGAUGGGUUCAGCAUCAGAAGACGAAGAGGAUGAUGGUAGUGGUGUUGGUCACCAACACCAUGGAGGUGUCGGUGGACCCCAUCUGGGACCACACAACUUGGGAUCUGGUGGUCCGGGUAGCCAAGGCGUUGGUCACGCUGGCGAUUUACCUCUCGGAAGUGAUACUUGCAAGCAAGAGGAUUCCGAGGAUCAAGGUUCCUUGGACGGUGACCCGGAAACUAGAGAUAGUCAGACAGAGAACAAGAGUCCUGAUGGUGGUGCUGGAGGCGGAAGUGGUGAUGGGGGUGCAGGAUCCAAAAGACGGGGGCCGAGGACAACUAUAAAGGCGAAACAGUUGGAAAUCCUGAAGACUGCUUUUUCGCAAACUCCGAAACCCACUAGGCAUAUUAGGGAAAGCCUUGCUAAAGAAACAGGGCUUCCUAUGAGGGUGAUACAGGUUUGGUUUCAAAACAAGAGAAGUAAAGAGCGGAGGUUAAAGCAGCUGACGUCGAUGGGCAGGAGUCCGUUCUUCGGUGGCACCAGGAAGAUGAGGGGAUUCCCAUUAAAUUUGAACCACGGAGCCCUGGGCGGUGAGGAUGGCCCGCCCCCAGGAUUCCCAUACUUCGCUGCCGACAAAUUCGAGUUUGGAUACGGUGGACCCGUAGCGUUUCAUCACGAGUUCUUCGGCGGACACCCACCACCCCACCCUCAUGGACCACCUUUUAGUGGACCUGGAAAUCCUGUUGCGAAUUUGUUUAUGACAGGUUUGGACCCAGCGAGUAUAGCUGGAAUGGCUGCGGCGGCGGCAGUGGCAGGGGAGUAUCCUCCACCUGGUGCUGGAGGCGGACCUCCUGAAUUUCUCACGGGGCCCCCAGGUCAGGGGCCCCCAGCACCCUCGGGCGGCAGCCCUGGCGAAUUCCUAGCACCUCCAGGUGGUGGACAGGGUAAUCCCAGCGGGGGUGCAAAUGCGGGCGGCCCGGGUGGAGGGGGCGCCGGGGGCGGAUUUCCUGAGCCGCACCAGAUGCAGAGCGAGGGCCUCGUCUGGUAGGAUGUGGUUUCGUUAAAGUUUACGUUCACAUUUAAUUAAUUUCACGGCAACGUUGUUAUGUUGCGAAGAGCUCGAGUACCUAAACGCAGCGAUGAAUCGCGCAAGUCGAAUCCAGUCGAAAUGAGCUUGGCUUGCCCCUUUUUUUUGGAUCUGUUUGAUAAGAAUUUUACUUCAAAACUGACAUCUGACGCGUCAGUGAUGUUCCUUUGUUUUCAUUGUAAGAUAGGCCGAACACUGCAAUUAUUGAUAUUAUAAAUAUAUUGAUUUUCAUUAUAAUAUUGCGAAUGAUUAUUUCGUCAUUGUCAUUAUUAACAUUAUUAUUAUUAUUAUUAUUAUUAUAUAAAAUAUUAUAUUGAUAUUAUUAUUGCUGUCGCUGAUAGCGACACUUUAUUAUUAUUGUGUAUAAAAAAUUUGAGACUUUAUCGUGUAAUAUUGUACAAUCCCCUGUUGAUUAGUUUGACACGUUGAUUUCAUAAGCGUCCUGUAGAUAAUGCUGUUACACGCUACAAACACGCACAGCGAGUCAUGUACAAAAGUACAGUGCACAAACGUAUACAUACGCAAACACAUUUACACACUCACACACUAGACAAAAACACCCAAAUGAAGUACUAAUUUUAUUGGUAAAUAUAAAUAGGAAUAAAACGAGUAUCCGAUAAGGAGACUUUUGAUGUAAAUACACAUGCAAAACGUAAAGCUGUAUUGAUGAAGUAGAGGAAUAAAAAGAGAGGAAGUAUAAAAUAUAUAUGUAUGCAUAUACAGAAUACAUGCUGAUGUAUGUACACGACACACGAGACACUUCGCCAUGAUGCAUAUUGAUUAUAAAUAUGAUUAUAAUAAACAACCUCGUAUUUCCGUAU